UGCGCCGCCUGCCCCAAGUCCUAUGGCACCCUCUCCAAGCUGACCAUCCACCAGCGCGCCCACACCGGCGAGCGUCCCUUCUCCUGCCCGGAUUGCCCCAAAUCCUUUGCCGACCCCUCUGUCUACCGCAAACACUGUCGCGGUCACGCCGGGCUGCGUCCCCACCGCUGCGGCGCCUGCCCCAAAGGCACCCUCUCCAAGCUGACCAUCCACCAGCGCGCCCACACCGGCGAGCGUCCCUUCUCCUGCCCGGAUUGCCCCAAAUCCUUUGCCGACCCCUCUGUCUACCGCAAACACUGUCGCGGUCACGCCGGGCUGCGUCCCCACCGCUGCGGCGCCUGCCCCAAAGCCUACGCCGAGCGCAAGGACCUCCGCAACCACCAGCGCAGCCACACGGGCGAGCGGCCCUUCCUCUGCGCCGAGUGCGGCAAGAGCUUCGGCCGUUCCUCCUCCCUCGCCUGCCACCAGCGCAUCCACGCCCCCCGCAAGCCCUACGCCUGCGGGACCUGCGGCAAGGCCUUCACCCAGCUCUCCUCCUUCCAGAGCCACCAGCGCGUCCACACCGGGGAACGUCCCUACCUCUGCCCCCAGUGCGGGCGGAUGUUCUCCGACCCCUCCAGCUACCGCCCGCACCAACGCGCCCACCAAGGCGUGAAGCCCUACGGCUGCGGCGAAUGCGGCAAAGCUUUCCGGCAGCCGGCGGAUCUGGCGGUGCACCGGCGGACCCACACGGGCGAGCGGCCGUGGCGGGGGGGGGGGGGGGGCAAAGCCUUCGUGGCCUCCUGGGACCUCAAGCGGCACCGGCUGACCCACACGGGCGAGCGGCCCUGGCGGUGCGGGGAGUGUGGGAAGGGUUUCGGCGAGAGGGCGGCGCUGGGCAAGCACCGGCGGACGCACUCCGGCGAGAGGCCCUACGCCUGCGGGCGCUGCGGGAAGGGCUUCGGGGGGGCCUCGGGGCUGCGCAAGCACGAGAGGACGCAUGGGAAGCGGGAGGCGGGAGGCGGGGACAACAUGGCCGCCAGCGGGGGGGCAGGCGGGGCCGCUGGGCGGCCGGGGCUGGCCUCAACAUGGCCGCCGGCGCUGCCCUCAACUUGGCCAUGA